AUGAAUGAAAAAUAAGAAUUAAUUCAUUAAAUUACAGAUGAAUCAAUUGACAUAAAUGUUGCUAAAGACUUGUUAUCAGAAGCAGUAAUUGAGAAUCCAAGUAAUUAUAAUUAGUCAUAGUAGAGGUUCUUGGAGUGAUUUUUGAAUAGAAAUUAAAUAUGCAUGCUCUUUGUAUUUUGCAUAACGUUUUGAAAGAGUAUAGUCCUCUUUCAUCUUUGAUAGCAGAACAAUUUCUAAAUAAGAAUAUUUAUGCUUAAUCUUCGAUUGUUAGGAUUUAUUAUUCUUAUUUAUAAAAGACAGCAUCUGUUCAUGAAUUAUAUUAAGCAAUUAAAAAUUAAAAGGUAGAAAAACUAGACAAUCCUUAGAUAGUGGUUAUAACUGCUCAUAAGGUUUAAAAUUUAUCGAAUGUUGGGCUUUAAUUACUUACAUUAUAUACACCCUCAUUCAAAAAUAUGUAAAUAUAAGUCUAUGAAGAUGUGUACGAUUAUGCACAAUUUGUAAAAGAUUAAUUUAUUCAUAUCAUAGGUAUGACUAUUAAAAUAGUAUAGAUAGUUAUCCUACAUUUUCAACAUCAGCAACAAUCAGUUUAUAUUAAAUAUAUAAUGAUGUAUUAAUAUAAGAUGCAGAGUUAAAUGAUUUUAGAAGAUGUUGUUAAGAUAACACUCUUAGAGAACCUAUCAAAUUAAAUAUACAAGAGAGUCUAUUAUCAGAUUUCUUGAGUCUUUCUUCAUCCCUUUUACUUGUAAGUGCUAACACCCUCAGACCUCUCAACAUUCCAACUAAGCUUUUACCAUGUGGAGGUCAAGAAUAGCAAGUUAUGAGAUAUUACAAGAAAUUUUAUUCAAUUAGUUGA